CCAGAGAAUGAUCAAAGGAUUGUCGGCUACAUAUGUCUUAUCAUUAUUGCUAUCAUACCGUUGAUUAGUCUGGAAUUUGAAGCCAAAACACUGAUGUUCUUCUUCUGCACACUAAUCGUAUCACUCAUCGAUUACUUCGUCGGAGCGAUAAUGAGCCCAACCGACCAACAACUGGCCAAAGGGUUGGCCGGCUUUAAGCCGUACGUCAUAUCCAACAAUCUGUACCCGCGUUGGGAUGGCUUCAGCUUC